AUCCGUCUGUCCGAGUGGCAGCGCUAUCGGUUUUCGAGGCACUGGUUUCGUCAGAGCCAGUCACUCCGGAGAUUCGUGAAAUUGUCGAAAAGCGCUCAAACGUCGAAACUGAUUUGGAAGAGCUGUUUUCGAAUUGUAGUAUAACUAGUGAUGUUACCACUGAUAAAGGACUGGAGUUCGAGGACACUGAUGACGAAGAGGCAUGUGCCGAGUUUCAGGUUGACAACUCUCAAGAAAGAGGAAUGGGAUCAUUAUUACACAUAUGCUUAAAGAAUGUCGCAAGCAAAAAUAUAAGCCCACCUGUAAGACUACAGUCACUAAAGUUAGUGAGUGUGCUAGUGUCUAACUUUAGCGAUUAUGUAUUCCGACACCUGGACGUUGUUGCAGUUACUAUGGUAUCUAUUGCUCGUGAAUUUGACGUGCAAUUGGCAUUGCACGGAUGUCGUGUUAUCGAGACCAUCGCUGGAUGUUUAUCAAAUCAUCAAACGACCGACGUCGACGCACCCCGCUUCUGGAAAUUUGUCUUCGAUACGGUUCUUUCUCUUGCACGAGAUCCUAACCCCGCUCUGAGGGAAGCUGCCUGUACCUGUCUAGGCAGCAUCGAUUCUACAACAUUCGCUCUGUUACCCCGAAAGCACAGCACAUCAAUUGUUACAACACUCUUUGAAGCACUGCCAAACAAAGAAAGUACAGUAAGAGCUGCGAGCAUUCGUGCUUUGGGGAUGCUGGUUACCCUACCUUCUCUCGAGGAGGAUCCUGCAUUUUUUAUCAAACUUACCGAAGCUGUGUGCCUUUCUAUUAAGGAUUCUUCUCCCACUGUGCGUGUGAAGGCUGCAUGGACCUUGGCAAAUCUCUGCGAUUGUUUUGUCAAUCAAAUGUAAGUUAUAAAAAGAAAUUUGGUACGUGGUCGCCACGCCACAAGCUUCUAAGUGGGACCUGAUUUUGCGGCCCA